CAUGAGUCGUUCAAGUAGUGGCGUUCGGCCGGUGCCACCGACGUCGCGGCUUGUUACUCUCGAUUUGAUGUUGCGUACGUUUAUGAACUCGGUUGAAUUUACGCGCAUGGAGCCAAAGAACUGGGACGCAGUUGCCAGACUCGUGCCAGGGACGACUGCAAGAGAAUGUGCUAAACGAUGGAAGGAGCUUCUUUUAUCGGGGCUAGCUCCUCAAGGAGCGGAGGGUUUGACUGCACAGGGCAGACCGUUUUCUACUCAAUCACAGACUCAGCAUUUGUCCAAGUUUGUCAAGUCAAUGCUUCAAGACAGCAGGAAGGGAAACUCUUCGACAACAUCAGAAAGUACUACAAAUACAAAGACAGAGGUGACGAGAAACAGACUAAGCCUUUCACAGAAAGCUGUCACUUCAGAGUUGAGAUCAGAAAGCAGCAAUUCUCUGAUGGCACUUUCAUCACCUCCUUCUUCAUCUGAGACUAAGAAACCGACCAAGUCCAGUGGUGAAAACUUAGUGAUGGUGAUUCAUGUGUGUGACGAGGCAAAGAAAAUUCAGAGAGACUUUAUGUGUCCUCGUGACCUUCUGAUGCACGAAAUGCCGUUCUUUACUGAGCGCUUGUCAGACGAGGCACACCUAGGCAAACUGUUUGAUAUCUCUGUACACUGUGAUGUUAGCAUAUUUCAAUGGUUGAUGUCUUACGUCAAACGAGGCAUGCCCGAUGACAAAGGAGUGCAAAUACAGCAACCAAAAAUUGAGUCACAUAUUGUUGUUUCCUUACUGGUUUCAUCUAAUUACUUGCUAAUGGAGCCUCUGGUGGAGCAAUGCAUUAACUAUAUACACGACAAUAUUUCAACAGUUGUCGCAGCGCCUUCCAAUAUGAAUUGCAUAGCUGAUGAACUGCUAGACAGAAUUGCAAAGCUAUUUGAUCACAAAGAAAUAGAAGAAUUUAGAGACAAACGGGACAGAUUUAAAAGCAAACUUUACUUCAAGAAAGUGCAAGAGCUGUUUGAUCUUAGCCACAGCUCAUCUCAAUCACCAGCUAAUGCCAGCACUCUUUUUCGUUGUUCUCAUUGCUGCAAACUUAUGACACAUGAACUACAGUGGAAACUCAAGUGUGUACCCUCCAGCAUGACAAUAGGAUAUAGAGGAGAGAUUAUGUACAAUCACAGCAGAGACCCUAGUUGGGAUGUGAACAACUACUUGGUUGGUUUAUGUGCCCAGGGGCAGACAUGGAGACAGAUAUACUGGAAGAUUUGGUCUUUGAUUAACGCUCUCCAUUGUGUUCGAUGUGGUCAGACCUUUCAAUGUGCCUACUUUUCACGUUGUGCAUAUCACCCACAGCCUUCAUCUUUUGAACCUUUGAGUGCAACAGGAAAGUAUCCUUGUUGUGAAACGAAGUGCAUUAGAUUUGGCUCUUUGGAACAAAAUGAGGGCUGUUCCUUUCGAGAUCAUGAAGUUUUAUGUGGAGAUGCGUCUCUUACUAGAAGCAAUUCAUCUCUAGCCAACUCUUCUUCUAUAUUGGAUAUUGUCAUUCAGUAUCGUGACCUUAUCUACAUACAACACAAGGACACGGUGCUGCCAAAUUCAUUGGAAGUGCCAGUGAAUGUUUUCAGUAAGGAUGAAGAAGCCAGCUGUCUGCUUACAGUUGAUGAAGCCAUUGAGCGAGCAUCCUCUUCUUUGUCCAAUCUAACUCAAGGAGUAGCAGUGACUGGUUACAGUCAAUUGGUUGAGACUAAUUCAGACACUGAUGACCUAGACACUGACCUCGGGCAAGAAGAGGAAGAUGAUGAUGACGAGACAGAAGAAGAUGCAUCCAUAACCCCACAUGUCUUUUCCGCAAAAUCAAAACAUAGAAGUAGGGGAAAGAAAUUUGUUUUACAUUCGUCAAGAGAAGGAUCACCCUUUCAAGGUGUUAAAUUGGGAUCAGAGAGGAAAAAGAAAGUUGGAAGACCAUGUUUGACUUGGGACUUAUCCAAAUCACUACGUUGGAAUCAGGAUAACCAAAGGGAGAUUGAGGAAAAGCGGAUGCAGAAUUUGAUGCUGCGUCUGACGUCGAAUCGUCCUCUCAGUAAAAGCAACAAAUCAAAGGAUCAUCCUGGUGGCAUGUUCUGUCAGCUUGAGGAGAAAUGGAGAGCGCGCCAUUUUAGUUCCAAACCAUCAUCAUCAUCUAGCAACCAGACGAGGCGCAGAAUUUUUCCUAGAGGAUCCAACUGAAACUGAUGUUUUAGUGUUUGGUGUCAACGUGUUCCAACACGCACGUCAAUGAAUCCCCAGAGGUACACGUACAGUGUGUGUGUGUAAUGAGCAAUUGGCACGGUGCCACACAGUCGUGUCAUUUGCAUUAGACUUCUCGUCCAUAAGUUACUACACUCAACUAGCUGCUAAUGAAAUGAUAGCCCACGCUGUCUGCGCACUUGUAGAGAGUGCUUGUAUCGUACAAUGUUUGUACAACAGGAGGGUCUGGCUUCUCUGCCAGCUGGUAACUUCACUGUUCACGUGCAGCUUCACGUGACGCUCACAUUGCGAUUGACUCUGUUUGGCAAUAAAAUGACGUGUCCUACCGCAAACAAAGCUCCCACAGUUGAUGUUGGCGGCAAAACGAGCAUAUGUAAUUAUUCACUUCUAUUCGAAAAGAAAUACAUCAAAGAUCUAGAUAGAAACUCUAGUAGUGCUGUCAUAUCUACUGAAUAAAUAGCAUAGAAAAUCAAAAGAUCAGUGGCCUCUAUGUACACUAUACAA